AUGGCUAUUUUUAAACUUGACCAGCGCUAUGGGGGGGAAACUCGUACACUAAAGAAAUACUUAGAUCGGUUGCUAACUUGGAAGGAGGUGUCCGAGGGUGACUUGCGAGCCUUAGAAGAAUUGUCUAACCAGAUGUGCGAUGUAAUCUCCAAACUCGAUGACACUGACCAUGCCCGGGAGUUAAUUGGUAACACCGUCUUGUAUACUUUAGUGAAGCAAAAGGUUCCACACUCUCUCCUAGUGAAGUAUGCAGAGCAGCGCAGUACAAAUGCCCAGGAUGGUUUGGCUGUAUUCACGAAGUGGUUCAACCGGCAAGUUUGCUUGAUGUUGGAGAUGUCCGAGCUGCGUGCUCCUCGUACCAAGGAAAAAACUGCUGAACAGCCACACAGUAAAAGAAAGUCUGAGAGUAAUAAAAGCCAUUCUUAUGCCGUUUCAGCCACUGACUCUAAGAAGACAACUACUUCCCAGUCGAAGCCUGCCGAACAGAAGGAUGACAAGCGCCAGGGAACAGAGUUCGAAUGCCCGUUAUGCAAGGGCAGUCAUCAUGUGGUGAGAUGCCAGUUGUGGAAGCCAGCCUCCACCGAAGAGCGAUGGAAAAUAGCGAAGGAAAAAGCCUUAUGUUACAAGUGCCUGUGUGGGAAACACAUGGCGAAGAAUUGCACGAAGGAGCCCCGGAAGUGCGAGAUAGACGGAUGCCAGCGGACCCACCAUCGACAUCUGCACAAGAAAGAAACCAAGACAGAAGCUGCCAAGAAGAACACACCUGAGCCUGUUGGGUGUUUUGGAAUUGCUGGGAAUGGUCAGAUGUUGAUGGUCAGAUGA